AUGAUCAUUUCUUUUGUUGAAGCUGAAGAUCCAUACCGUUAUUUCGACUGGAGGGUCACUUACGGCAACAUUUAUCCACUUGGAUGCCCUCCUCAAAGGGGAAUCCUAAUAAAUGGACAAUUUCCUGGACCCGAGCUUUACUCAGUCACCAAUGACAAUUUGAUCAUCAAUGUUCACAACGAUCUCGACGAGCCAUUUCUCUUGUCUUGGAACGGAGUGCAAUUGAGAAAGAAUUCUUACCAAGAUGGAGUCUAUGGGACGACUUGUCCAAUCCCACCGGGCAAGAAUUACACUUAUGCCAUCCAAGUCAAAGACCAAAUCGGUAGUUUCUUCUACUUCCCUUCCUUGGGCCUUCAUAAAGCCGCCGGUGGAUAUGGCGGCCUCCGUGUCCUCAGCCGCCCUCGUAUCCCCGUCCCUUUCCCUGAACCCGCCGGAGAUUUCACCUUCCUCAUCGGCGAUUGGUACUCUAAACACGACCACAAGACUUUGAAGGCACUCUUGGAUAGAGGACACAAGCUACCUAUGCCUGAUACGGUUUUGAUCAAUGGCAAUGGAGUCAGCUUUAAUUCUUCUCUCACCGUCCACAAAGGUAAAACGUACAGAUUCAGAAUAUCGAACGUGGGGCUUCAACAAACCCUGAAUUUCAAAAUAUUAGGCCAUCAGAUGAAGCUUGUUGAGGUUGAAGGAAUCCACACGGUCCAGUCCAUGUAUACCUCACUCGACAUUCACGUUGGUCAGUCUUACUCUGUUCUAGUCACCAUGGACCAGCCUGAGAAAGACUAUCCCAUUGUCGUUGCCACAAGAUUUUCCAAAAAAAAACUCAUGGUCGGAUCCACUCUACACUAUUCCAACGCAAAACAGAAAGCUAGUAUGGUCAUCUCUGAACGGCCUCGAGAUGAUAUAGACUGGUCUCUCAAUCAAGCCCGGUCCAUUAGAACCAACCUGACCGCGUCGGGUCCAAGGCCCAACCCUCAAGGCUCGUACCACUAUGGUCGAAUCAAGAUUGAUAGGACUCUGAUACUAGAAAGCUCAGCAGCACUAGUGAACAAGAAGCAACGGUACGCCAUAAACAGCGUGUCGUUCGUGCCUGCGGACACUCCGUUGAAGCUGGCGGAUUACUUUAAGAUCGGAGGCGUUUUCAAAGUUGGAAGCAUCCCUGACAAGCCGAGCAGAGGAGUGAUGAAGCUGGACACGGCAGUGAUGGGAGCAAACCACAGGGCUUUCCUUGAGAUAGUCUUUCAAAACAGAGAAAAGAUCGUCCAGAGUUACCAUCUUGAUGGAUACAGCUUUUGGGUUGUAGGGAUGGAUAGAGGAACAUGGUCACAAGCGAGCAGGCGAGAGUAUAACCUCAGGGACGCUGUUUCUCGCUCCACUACUCAGGUUUAUCCAGAGUCUUGGACAGCUGUAUACGUGGCAUUGGACAAUGUGGGAAUGUGGAAUCUAAGGAGUGAGUUCUGGGCAAGGCAAUACUUAGGACAACAGUUUUAUCUCCGAGUUUACUCUCCGGUUCACUCUGUGAGAGAUGAAUAUCUUUUGCCCAAGAAUGCGUUGUUGUGUGGUCGAGCCUCCAACAAACACAGGCCCAUCAUCACUCCAUAG